UACGAAAAUGCAUUGAUGACUUUAUCGCCUCGAAGCCGAAAAAUAGAGGAGCGUUUGGACCGCAUGGAAGUACAAUUCAAACAAUUUCAACAUACCCUGGAGACUGUGUUGAAAUGUGUGCGUACACGCCAAGAUAAAGGCCGAGCUGCUCGAAAACCGGACUGUCUGCCUAUUUCUACCGAGAUGGAAAUACAAACAUUUGAAACAGUGGACGAUGAUAUUUAUGAACAAGUGGUAGAUUAUCUUCAAUACGUGGGAGGUUUUACAGUGAAAGAAGCAAUCAACUUGGCUUUCAAGGAAGUAAUAAAGGACAACUUGACAAUGAAGUUUACAUGGUUUGGCUGUGAAGGAGAAUCGCAACCGUUAUAUAUCAGGUAAUGAAACCUGUUGCCAAAGGUCUAGAUAUUUUACAAGGAGACAAAUAUGUUUUUAUGGAAUAUUUAUUGCCUACGUUAUUAUCAAUCGAAGAACAUUUAAAUCAAAAACUAACUCAGACGCUAUAUGUAAAACCAUUAAUAAAUGCCCUCCUGAAAGGUAUUCGCAAAAGAUUUCACCAUCUCUAUAAACACAACGAAUUGAGAAUUGCUGCCUGUUUGAUACUGGAUUUUAAAUUAUGCUGGAUACAAGAUGAAAAUGAAAAAAAAGAGGUUAUCGAACUUUUAAAAUUUAUGUUCAGAGGUUUAACACCGAAAACUAUGCAGUGUAUAUAAAUAUAUCCAUAGAACAGAUCUUACGUAAAACCGACGAUUUUUUUAUAUUUAACAAGACGCUAGACAAAAAUCGAAACGAAAACGCAAUUAUAACUGAUCGUACUAUUCAAACCUACUUAUCGACUGAUAUAUUUGCGACAAAAAAAGAUUUUCCUAAUGUGCUCAACUUUUAUAAAAUAUAACACGUCAAUACCAUCUUCAGCUCAUGUCGAACAGCUGUUCAGUACAGGAGGGCUCGUUUUCGACAAUCUUCGAGGAAAAAUAUCUGAUAAAAAUUUUGAAAUGGCUUUAUUACUUAAAUUUAAUAAGUAUCUAUAAAUAUAUAAAAAAAGGUU